UGGCUCUAUCUCUUCUGGCACAAAUGUCAGCAUGACUGUAUCUGCCAGCCUUUUGUCGAGUGAAAGGGCAGAGAUGAACAUCCUAGAAAUCAACCAAGAAUUGCGCUUACAGCUGGCAGAGAGCAAACAGCAGUUCUGAGACCUCAAAGAGAAAUUUCUUAUACCUCAAACUACUGGCUACUCCCUGGGCAACCAGCUGAAGAAGUACACUAAUGAAGAGUGCGAAGACCUGAUAAAAUCUAUGCUGAGGGAUGAACUAAAGUUCAAGGAGGAGAAGCUGGCAGAGGAGCUCAGGCAAGCGGAGGAGCUCAGCUGAGGGGGCCCCGUGGGGGCAGGCAGGCAAUAUAAAGUCUCUGUUCACUCUCAGACCUGAGAGCUGGCCCAGUUACAGGACAUGUUACAGGAAGGGAGACACGCCUUCCUCUCACUGAAUCAGCAUCUCAAGGUCCUCCUCACUCCUGAUGAUUCUGACAACUCCCAGGGGCAGGACCUCUGAGACAGGCUGGCAGAGCACUUUGUCCACAAGCUCAGCCCAGAGAAUGAUGAAGGUGAUAGUGAAAAUGAUAAAGAUGAGGAGAUUCAUAAAGUACAAGCAUCACCUGUCCCCAGGGAGGUGCUGAAGGCUGAAGAAAAGGAAGUCCCUGAGGACUCACUAGAGGAAUGUGCCAUCACUUGUUCAAAUAGCCACAGCCCUUCUGACUCCAACCAGCCACACAGGAACACCAAAACCACAUUUGAGGAAGACAAAGUCGACUCUACACUGGUUAUAGACAGUGAAUCCUCUCAUAAUGAAUGGGAGGAUGCUCUACACAUUCUCCCAGAAAAUCAAAGUGAUCAUGAGGAAGAGGAAGAAGGGCCAGUGUCUCCCAGGAAUCUGCAGGAGUCUGAAGAGGAGGAAGCCCCCCAGGAGUCCUGGGAUGAAGGUUAUUUGACUCUCUCAAUUCCUCCUGACAUGUCUGCCUCGUACCAGUCUUACAAGAACACGUUUCACUCAUUAGAGGAACAGCAAGUCGGCUUGGCUCUUGACAUAGGCAGACAUCAGUGUGAUCAAGUGUAAAAGGAGGAUUGAGAGGCAACAUGUCCCAGGCUCAGCAGGGAGCUGCUGGAAGGGGAAGAGCCUGAAGUCUUGCAGUACUCACUGGAUAGAUGUUAUUCGACUCCUUCCAGUUAUCUUGAACUGCUGAACUCCUACCAGCCCUACAGAAGUGCCUUUUACUCAUUGGAGGAACAGCUUGUUGGCUUGGCUUUUGAGGUGGACAAAAUUGAAAAGUACCAAGAAAAGGAAGAAGACCAAAACCUACCAUGCCCCAGGCUCAGCAAGGAGCUGUUGGAAGUGCAAGAGCCUAAAGUCUUGCAUGACUCAGUGGAUAGAUGUUAUUCAACUCCUACCAGUUAUCUUGAACUGCCUGAUUCAUGCCAGCCCUACAGAAGUGCCUUUUACUCAUUGGAAAAACAGCAUGUUGGCUUGGUUCUUGGCGGGGACAGAAUUAAAAAGGACCAAGAAGAGGAAGAAGACGAAAGCCCACCAUGCCCCAGGCUCAGCAGGGAGCUGCUGGAAGGGGAAGAGCCUGAAGUCUUGCAGUACUCACUGGAUAGAUGUUAUUCGACUCCUUCCAGUUAUCUUGAACUGCCUGACUCAUGCCAGCCCUACAGAAGUGCCUUUUACUCAUUGGAGGAACAGCAUGUUGGCUUGGCUCUUUACGUGAUCAGUAGGUUCCUUACUGUGAAGGUGAUAAGGCUCCACCUGGUCUUCCGGAUAGGGGUCAUAUUCCUGCACUGA